CGGCAGGUCUGGAAGUGCAGAGAGGAGGCAGGAAAACGCUGCUGGAGCGGGGGAAUGAUGGCGGUGAGCGAGGAGAAGGGACAACUUUGAGACUGUAAAACUGGGACGUUGGGCCACCUUUCGGCGUCUAACACGAUGGAGCAGCCAGGAGAUGACUUCGCUCCGUGUGUGUAGUUGAGACAACAGUGCUCCAGAAAAGCUCCGCCGGACCCAUGGCACCGGUUGCGUAAAGUCCUCGGGGAUAAUAGUUCACCAACAAACGCUGUAACGCUCUCCAAAAACCGGCUUUUAGAAUUGGGCUGCAGCCAUAAACAAUCAAAAUGAUCAAAGCGGAAAGCAAAGGAGGCGAGAGGACCCUGAGGAGCGCGUCCCCUCACAGAAAUGCAUACAAGUCUGACUUUCACGCCAUUAAGUGCUCCUUUGAUGGGCCCAAAUCCGAAGGAGCCUCCAAAACAUUUGCAAAUGGAUCCAGUGACACCCGGGAGGACUCACGGGGAAGGCCCUUUGGGACCAGAGUGAACAAGAUAAAGAACAUAUUCCUACAGAUGGAUGGUCAGCAACAGGAGUGCCAAGAGGGAAAAGUGACUGUAAAGUCUGAUGUGCCCCCGGUGUCUCCACCAAAGAUGCAGUUUCCAGUCAACACCCACAGAGUUAGCUAUAACAGUGCUACAAGCCCAGAACCACACAUUUUAGAUAAAACACCCAAGGGGGAAGAUGUUGAGAUUGACAAAGUGGCUUUGGCGGAGAAGUUUUCUGUGACCAGAAAACUCUUUGAAAGGGGCAUCAAAGAGCAGCCCGCAACUGAGAAGCAGUCUCCAAACAGAGUAGUAAAUCGCCUGUCCCUCGGAAGUGCCUCUGAUGAGGGGAAAAGCACAAGGAGAGAAUCAGGAUCCUCGGAGCCCACUAUCAAAUCGGAGCAAACUCCUACAUCAACAGCUAAAGGUCGGCCAGAUGAGAAGGCUGAUGGUGAGAAAAAGCAUGUGUCUAGAGUUUCACUGAAUGCAGGGCCUAUGUCAAAGAGGCUAGAGAAUUAUAUCGUUGAGAAUGACUCAGAAGACAACAACACAGCUGCGGCAAAAGGAGGUAUGGUGUCUGCUAAACAACACACUACGGCUGAACACAUAUUGCCUACCUCUCCAACAAGGGACAGCUUACACAAACCUACUUCUCCCCUCAAAGAGGCCACUGACUCAUCAAUUGUAUCUGAUGCCACUAACAAAAAUAAAGAUAACAGACCAAUGUCUUUGGGAUCCAGUGCUGGGCUUAAACCAACAUUCCCAGUUCCCAACGCGGCAUCUAAAUCUGUUUCUUUAACAGCUGAUUCCUCUCACAAACCCCUCCCACCAGAGCAAACCCCAAUCAGUCAUGGUUACAAGUGCUCCUCGUCAUCUGGUGAAGGAUUUAGUAGGACAUCUUCUGGUGAAGACGGAGGCAAACCACAUAGUCCGCCGCCAAGGGAUGCGAAGCAGCCUUUACCAUCGUCUGGUGGUAUUCAAAACGCUAGCAGGGCCAAACACCCUGAAAAUGCCAAGAGUUAUAACAAUGUGGUACAUAGCCCCACUGACAACAAGCCACCCAGCCAGACCUCGUCAUUUAACUCCAGAGGGGUGAGCAUGGUACGGGCUGAACUGGUAGUGGUUAAGAAUGAGUCCUCAGAGAGUGAGGAGAACGAGGACGUUGAAGAUCAUGUGUUUGAGGAACAGAAAGUGCAAUGGCGUAAAGACCUACAGCCUGACCUGAAAAGUACCUCUCCGCCACAAAAACAGAACUGUGCUCCGCAGGUCAUAUCAAGAGAUGACACAAAAGAGACACAAAGGAUAGCAGAGACUGUGGGUGAAUAUAGGGUUCUGGAAGAUAACAAGGAAUUUGGGCUGAAAGACAAGAGACCGGAAGACAGUUUAGUUGUGAGCCAGGAUGGUGAAGAUGAUCGUGAUGAAGAUGAUGAGGCAGCAGAGGAGGACGGUGAACUGGAGGAUCAGGAGGACAGAGCCUCUCCAGUCGUGUACGGUAUCGAGAACGCAGCAUUUGUGGAUGACAGGGAUGUAGACCAGGUCCUCAGGGAAGAAGAAGAAGAAGAGGAGGAGGAGGAAGAAGAAGGGGAAGAGGAGGAUGAGGAAGAUCAAAUGUAUAGGGAAUAUGAUGACUGCGAAGAAGAAGGGGAAGAGGAGGAUGAGGAAGAUCAAAUGUAUAGGGAAUAUGAUGACUGCUACGAGGCCCCUGGUCUGUCGGAUGAGGAUGAGCCUCCCACAAAGAGGAAAAUCAAGUUCUCCACAGAUCCUAUUCUGGUCUUCAGCACCUUCUCUAAUGAGGAAUAUGAUCGACGCAACGAUGAUGUUGACCCGGUUGCAGCAUCAGCAGAGUACGAGCUGGAGAAGAGAGUGGAGAAGAUGGAUGUGUUUCCUGUGGAGAUUGAGAAAGGAGACAACGGGCUUGGUAUCAGUAUCAUCGGAAUGGGAGUGGGAGCUGACCAGGGCCUGGAAAAACUUGGCAUUUUUGUGAAAACCAUAACUGAGCAAGGAGCAGCUGAAAAAGAUGGACGCAUACAGGUGAAUGACCAGAUAGUGGAGGUGGAUGGUAUUAGUCUCGUGGGAGUCACCCAACUGUUUGCUGCUACAGUGCUGAAGAACACCAAAGGCACUGUGAGGUUCCUGAUUGGUCGGGAGAAGCCAGGAACACAGAGCGAGGUAGCCCGCCUCAUAAGCGAGACACUAGAGCAGGAGAAGAACCAGCAGCAGCACCAACACCUGGAUGACCCCUAUGAACACUCAACAGAGGAGGAGGAGCGGUAUGAGGAGGAGGACGGAGUGGAUGAGAGGAUUCUAGGGUCCAACUUCUCUCCAGGGCGGAACGUAGAGGUGUUUGACCUGCCAGUUUCGGAGGCUUUGUUUAUGCCGACCAACAUGGACAGCUCUCAGAUGGCCUUCAAGUUUAAAGAGCUGCAGCUUAAACACAGCAUUGCCUCAGCCGAAAUAAAUCAACUAAAGGAAAAGCUAAGGUCAUCAGAGGAGGACAAAUCGUUGUGGGAAGCCAGGGAGUCUGCACUGGAGCAAAAGAUUGAGGAUAGCAACGAUAAGAUCCUCAAGUUGGAGAAUUACUGGCUGGAAGCCCAGGGUCUCUGUAAGACUGUGAAUGAACAAUUAGCUGAGACUCAGACCCAGUAUGAAACCCUGGACAAGAAGUACAACAAAGCCAAGAAACUGCUCAAGGACUACCAACAGAAAGAGAUAGACUUUGUUAAAAAAGAGGAGGAACUGAAAAAAAUUCUAGAUGAAAAAGACAAGUGGUACAAGGAGCAGCUGGAGAGUUUGCAGAACAGGAUAGCUGCCCUGGAGUCCAGAGGGGCUUCAGCUGUGGAAUGUCAGAGUGGUCAGGACUCUGCUGCAGAGGAGAGACUAAGCAGCCAAGACUCAGUUACCAACACACAGUCUGUUGACUCACUGCAAGAACAAGAUUGGACUGAGCUGGUCCCUGAAACUGAGCGCUUGGAUACCAGUGCACACAGAGCAAAAGGCCUGCUGGCCCAAAAGGCCAAGCGUCAACCUCCGUCUCGAGGCAAACUGAAGGAGAACCUCACCGUGGCUUCAUGUCACUCUCAGGAAACUGAAGAAGAGGAGGAGCAGGAGGAGCAGGAGUCUCCCAGGAGGAGGAGGAGGUCCAUCCAGGAGAGCCUGUCCCUCCCAGUCCCCGUCUGCUAUCCAGGCAACGGACAGAAAGAAGAUCCAGGUGAGACAAGAGAUGGAUCCAGGAAUAAGGCAGAGCUUUCCAGCAGCCCGUCUUUGUCACCGUCACAAGGAGACAGUGUUGAAAGCAGUGGAAGUCCCUCUUUGUCCCCUCCAAAGCACAGUUCUUCACCACAUUCCCCGUCUGGUUUCAUGCGCAAUGUCAAAAAGAGGGAAUCCAAAGGCAAGGGCAAAGAACUCAAAGAGGAGUUAAAUGAACCUUCAUCAGCAGGAAAAUCUAAAAGACGAUUUCCAGACUUUGGGGGCCUCCGAAAGUCAGGUGGCAAAGGAAAAAAACAUGACAAGGAGGCGAUGAGAGCAUCUUUGGACAGCAGGGGGUCAGCGGAGUUACUAGAGGAAUCUGGAGGGAACCUGUCUCCUGCAGAGUCGAUGACCUCCAUCCCCACCUGUAUGCCUUUCUCCUGGUUUGGAGACAAAGAGAAGGACAGAGACAGAGAGCCCUCCUCCUCCAGCAGCAGCCUGCCGUACGCUACAAAUGAGACCAGCAGUGAGCAAAGCCAGGAUCGGAAGAAUAAAACAAAUCUCUCCUGGUCCUCUUUAUUCAGUCGCUCAUUAGAUUUGAGUUUUUCAGUCAUAGAUGAUUCUAGCCCUGCCAGCCCCAGUUCAGACAUCUCUGGGUUAGUUGCUGAACCCAAUCUGUCUGGGCGCUCACACACUUUAAUCUUCUCUUCCAGCGAGACUCUGGAUGAUGAACCAGUAGCCACAGGAAAAGAGUAUCAGUGGCAGAACCGGCCAGUCUCUGAAUGGACUAACCAGCAGGUCUGUCACUGGUUGAUGGGCAUGAACAUGGACCAAUACACACCUGAGUUCACGGCCAAAGGAGUGGACGGGCAGCAGCUGUUGCACUUAGACAGUGACAAGUUGAAGGCACUGGGCGUGUCGAGUCAGAGCGACCGUUCAACUAUCAAGAAAAAGCUGAAGGACAUGCGAAAGGCCCAGGAGAAGCUGGAGAAGCAGAGAGAGAAAAGAGAGAAGGAGGGCCGACGCAGUGGGAGACUGCCAGUCGCUACUGACUCCGUCUGCUGAGGUAUCAGCUCUGUACUCUGAAUCCAUCUCAUACAGUUCAUCACCAUGCGGGAGCCUGAGAGACAUUUUUUCUACAACUUCUGGCUCCAUGACAUUCAUGUCACGUUGUUCAUGGCAACCACCACAGGACAUGACUGUGCCAUUAGUAACGCCGCGCUGACUGAAGUGCCAGUUGUCAUUUAUGUUCAUACUGCUUCAGUUUCUUUUCUCAUCACAGUUUUCUCCCAAAUACUUUAUCAAACUUCAGCCUGAACCAUUUAAAUGAAAUGUGGAGAAUGUCAAAAAGUUGGGUAUGUGACCAAAAAGGUAUCCUAACAUUUUUUUUACCACUAAAAAGCUAGAAGCUAUAAUAAUGAAAGUCUGCAUUCAGAUAUAAUGUAGUUGUUGCAGAUCAUGCACACAUUUACCUAUGGAAGUCAAAUGUAUACUGCUUUUUUUAGCAUUUUAUAUUUUUGCUAAUAUGAUAUACCUGUUUCCAUGUUCAACCCUUUGCAGGAACGGUUAUUGUACAGUUCAGAUAAAAGCACUAUAUUUGUCUUUUAAGCUUCAAUGGGCGACAAGGUUUUAAAUGUAUAAGAAGUUUUAUACAUGUGCCUAUUAACUGCAUAUCUUUUUUUUUUUUUUUACCUAAAUACCAUUGUUCAUUUUAUACUAUCUAAAAAGUUUCUACUAAGUAGAAUAGCUAGGCCACUGUCUUUGCUGAAUGAAAAGCAACAAACAAAUCAAGUAGGGACGAUGUGAACGCUGCUGUGCUGUCCCGGACUCUGGCUCUGUAUCGCUGAGAUGGUACCAUGAUGCUCCAUGUAAACGCACACAGCAUGCAGGUCUGCUACACGCUAACCUCACCGGUCCAUUAGAUAUUAGGAAGAGCCAAUGACAAGGACUUGUGCGAGUCAGGAGCAGUGUCAUGUGUGAAUGUGAGGCUGAACGAGCCAAACCCAAGUGCUUCCUUUCCUCUUCUCAAGCAUGACACCAUGUUCUGUAUAGAAUACGACAUGUUGGACUGCAAGAAAACUGUGUUUUCCGUUCCCUCUAAAUCGGAGAAACGUUUCUUGGUACAUGCAGCAUCAAUAAACUAAUUUUCACUUCA